AUGAAGACUCGCGCAGCGCUGCCCCCGCUGAACACCUGUCACCACUCCAUGGAGCACUCCAUGGAGAGGAUGACCUUCAACUCGCCCAACCCUUCGUCAGCCGCAUCUUCCGUCUCCAUGGCUUCCAUCCAUGGUAACAAUUAUCCUCACCACCACCACCCUUUUGCCUUCACCUCUGCCGCCAUGCACUCUCACCCCCAACUCAACUACAACGACGGUCCCUGGCAGCGCCAUGAGGACCAUUUGUUGAACGAGGCUGUCAACACUUAUGGCACAAAGUCAUGGAAGUCCGUCGCUGACUAUGCCUUCCCGGACGGAUCCAGAGACCGCAACGAAUGCAUGCAUCGAUGGAGGGCCCUUUCCUCUAUUCGGCCCCGUCAGGUCAAAGGUCCCUGGACUGAUGAGGAGGACAGAAAGCUCCGUGAGCUCGUGAACGAGUACGGCCCUGAGAAGUGGGUCUUCAUUGCCUCCAGGAUCGGAUCUCGAACCGGAAAGCAAUGCCGCGAGAGAUGGCAUAACCACCUCGACCCUCUGAAAGACCUGCGUAUCUUGGAGCUCUACAACCAGCUCGGAUCCAAGUGGGCCGAGAUGGCCAAACAUAUGCCCGGGCGCCCGGAUAAUGCAAUCAAGAACCAUUUCAACACGACCAUGCAACGCAAGAAGCGUCGUAUGUCCAUGCCUAUUAUCCAUUCCGAUUACCCCUAUCGUCAUAACCAGAUCCACCCUGCUCUUCGUCAUCACAGCAAUAGUGGCAACAACCAUAACGGUCAACAGCAGUUCUUGCCUGCAUCUUCUGGAUUCAGAGCCGGUCCUGGUCUUGCCGCUGUUGUUGGUGGUAAUGAUGCUCCUCAACCCACAUCAGCAACUACCUCGCCUUCAUCGACAUCCUCAACUUCGCCCCUGGGACCCGGCAUGUCGAUGCCUGACGGAGGAAACGGACCCUUCCAUAUGCCCAAUGCGAUGGCCCGCUUCAUGCCUUACGAACGUCGUCACUCCCUGCCCAUCUCCAGCAUCUUGGCCCCUUCUUCAUCCAACUCCCUCCCCUCCCCUCCAUCAUCGUCCCACAACAGCACCAACAACAGCGGCAGUUUGAUUCUCCCCUCGCCCCCCAAAACCCCCGAUGUCAACCGUCGCAAGAGCACACUCUCGUCCUGGUGCAUCACCCCACCUCCUGGUCGGACCCAAUUCGGAAGCAAUGCCAUGCAGACCCCUUACACCUUCUCAGCCUCUUCGUCCUCCAUCUUCUCUGCAUCGUCAUCAUCACCCUCGUUGGGCGGCUCUCCUAUCUCCAACAAUAGCAUAACCCUGCCUGGAAUUGCAUCCUUCGCGCAUGCUUCCGAACACAACCAACAACAACAAUCACCCACACCGUCGUUGCCCUUGUUCAGACAUAGAAAUGGCUCCCUCCCUUCCCUUCAUCACCCCUUGGAUCCCCCCAACCCUAUCAUGAAGAGGAGCGCGUCCAACCCCACGACCUCUAUCCAUUAUCACCAAUCCUCCUUCGGUGGUAAUUUCACGCCCUCAAACUCUGCCUCAUCCUUGGCGACCUCCCCUCCUUCCCUGCUGUCCAGCUCGUUUUCCUCGCAGCAAAAGAUGCCUCCUUCUUCGUCCAUCAUUCCUUCAGUCCGACAUAUCCAGGCAGUCGUCGUCGAGAAUGACUGUGGCCGCGCCCUGAAACGCGAACCUAGCCAAGAGCGCUUCCAGCACCACCAAAACCAUGGCCACAUCGAGUACCGCCAACGUCAUUACAAUCAUACCGACGAAGAGGACGAAGAUAUGCUCUCCUCCGACCAAGAGUCGAUCGGUCUGACUGAGGAUGAGGACCUUGACGAAAAGGAUCAUGAUGACCUUGAUGAGGAUGACAAGGAUGAUGGCCCUGAUGAGGACGAAGAAGAGGAAGAAGAGAUGGCCUCUGGAAUUGUCCAUCACCCCGGUCGUCGGAUCUACAGCCACUCGGGCGUCAAUGUCAUGUCGAUCGAAAACCUUGUUGGACCCUCUGCCUAG